AUGCCCGAUGCCCAGGUGGCCGGCUUCGAACGGAGCACGCCCCCGAGCGUGCGUGGCAGUGUCCAGGGCGCCCGGUUCAUUGCCGUGAUCCCUUUCGGCGCCCUCGGCCCGCAUCUUCGGGACAAGGGCAAGGGCUCUGGAUGGAGCUCUGCGGCGUGCGCAGAGUUCGCCACCAGCGCGUCCAAGGAGGAGCUCGCGCCCUACGUCAAGGCGCGCGGGCAUAGCCCAGUGAAGCCAAUCUGCUACGUGACGGCUGGCCCCGGCGACAUCCUCUACGUGCCGACGGGGUAUUUCAUGGUGGAGCAAGUGCAGGCCAACUCUGACAUCAUGGGAAUCAGAAUUCAGCCCAUCAAUUUCGCGUUGGACCUGGUGGUCAAGCACCGCAAAAGUAUGGUCGAGAAGUUCAAGGAAUCGUUGAAUGGGUGGGCCAAGGACCAGAAUGGGGCCCUGCCAGCGCAGGGGCAGCAGGGGCUGGCCGCGCCGCCAGCAGGGGCAGAGGGCCUUCCACAGGCCGCGCCGCCAGCAGCGCAGGCGGCCCCGCCCGCGACGCCAGCGCCAGCGGCCCCUCCAGCACAGCAGGAGGAGGCCGAGCAGAAGGCCCGCGAGGAGGCUGCGACGACAGCAGCCGAGGAGGCAGCCGGGCAGGCAAUGGCGGAGGCGAGCGCCAAGGAGGAGGCCGAGAAGAAGGCCCGCGAAGAGGCUGCCAGGAGAGCUGCCGAGGAGGAGGCCGCGGCGCAGGCUGCGGCGGAGGCGAAAGCCAUGGGGGCUGAGCAGAAGGCCCGCGAGGAGGCUACGAGGAAAGCUGCCGAGGAGGAGGCCGCGGCGCAGGCUGCGGCGGAGGCGAAAGCCAAGGAGGCCGAGCAGAAGGCCCGCGAGGAGGCUACGAGGAAAGCUGCCGAGGAGGAGGCCGCUGCGCAGGCUGCGGCGGAGGCGAAAGCCAAGGGGGCUGAGCAGAAGGCCCGCGAAGAGGCUGCGAAGAAAGCUACCGAGGAGGCCACGGCGCAGGCUGUGGCGGAGGCGAAAGCCAAGGAGGAGGCCGAGCAGAAGGCCCGCGAGGAGGCUGCGAAGAAAGCUGCCGAGGAGGCCACGGCGCAGGCUGCGGCGGAGGCGACAGCCAAGGAGGAAGCUGAGAAGAAGGCCCGCGAGGAGGCUGAGGCGAGGAAAGCUGCCGAGAAGGAGGCUGCGGCGAAGACUGCGGCCGAGGCGAAAGCCAAGGGGGGGCCGGCAGAGAAGCAGGCCGCGCCGGCCGCGGCCGCCGAGGCCAACGUCGCGGGCAUCAUGCAGGCGGCCUCCGCGCCCGCGGCCAGCCACUCGGGCUCGGCGAUGGCGCCUGCGGGCGGAACUUCGCCAGAGAAGACGGGGGAGGCAGAGUUGGGGCCUGAGGUGGCCAUGGCAACUACUGCUGAGGCCGAGGGCGAGGGGGGUGAGAUGGCUGGGAAGGCGGCGGAGCCCGCGCCAAAGAGGCGCCGCGCGAAGUUGGCGCAUGCCGCCGCGACCCCGCAGAAGCUGACGUUCGGCGCUAGCAAGUGA